GACGCGCCGGCCCCUCUGGCUGGCUAGCGGCGGGGCGGCGCGGGGCCCGCUCGCCGCGGGGGCGGGGAGUGGGGGGACCGGGGGCGGGGGCACCCCUUCGCCGGCGGCGCCGCGCCCCCCGCCCCGGUUUUGCUUUCCCUUUCGGUGCCACCUCUCCCUGGGGGCGGCGCGGAUUUAAUAUAUUUUUUCCUUUUUUUUUUCUUCUUUUAAGGGUGGGGGCGAGGGGAGGGGAGAGGAAAGACCUGAGCGGGGAGGACGAGCCAGCUGGCGGAGAGGAGGGCGCGGAGGCAGCCCCGUCACGAGAGGCGGCGGCGGGUGGUGCGUGUGGCGGCGGCGGGGAGGAGAAGCCGGCGCGGAGCCUCGCCCACCGCGGAGCCCCUCGGCCGCCACCGCCUCGCCACCCCUGGCCGCCGGAGGCACCGGCGGCCGGCCGUCCUCAUGAUGGCCUCAACCACCACCUGCACCAGGUUCACCGACGAGUACCAGCUCUUCGAAGAGCUCGGGAAAGGGGCAUUCUCAGUCGUGAGAAGAUGCAUGAAAAUUACGACAGGACAAGAGUAUGCUGCCAAAAUUAUCAACACCAAAAAGCUUUCGGCUAGGGAUCACCAGAAACUGGAAAGGGAAGCUAGAAUCUGUCGCCUCUUGAAGCAUCCCAAUAUUGUGCGGCUUCAUGACAGCAUAUCAGAAGAAGGAUUCCAUUACCUAGUCUUUGACCUAGUCACUGGAGGUGAACUGUUUGAAGAUAUAGUUGCAAGAGAAUAUUACAGUGAAGCAGAUGCCAGUCAUUGUAUACAGCAGAUUCUAGAAAGUGUUAAUCAUUGUCAUCUAAAUGGCAUAGUACACAGAGACCUGAAGCCUGAGAACUUGCUUUUAGCUAGCAAAUCCAAGGGAGCAGCGGUAAAACUGGCAGACUUUGGUUUGGCUAUAGAAGUUCAAGGAGAACAACAAGCUUGGUUUGGCUUUGCUGGUACUCCAGGAUACCUUUCUCCAGAGGUGUUACGAAAAGAUCCCUAUGGAAAACCUGUGGAUAUGUGGGCAUGUGGUGUCAUUCUCUAUAUCCUCCUGGUAGGAUAUCCUCCUUUCUGGGAUGAAGACCAGCACAGACUCUACCAGCAGAUCAAGGCCGGUGCUUAUGAUUUUCCAUCACCAGAGUGGGAUACAGUGACUCCUGAAGCAAAAGACCUUAUCAAUAAAAUGCUUACUAUUAACCCAGCAAAACGUAUCACAGCAUCAGAAGCGCUAAAGCAUCCAUGGAUCUGUCAACGUUCUACUGUUGCCUCUAUGAUGCACAGACAGGAGACAGUAGAUUGCUUGAAGAAAUUCAACGCAAGAAGAAAACUAAAGGGGGCCAUUUUGACAACAAUGCUGGCUACCAGAAAUUUCUCAGCAGCCAAGAGUUUGCUGAAAAAGCCAGAUGGAGUCAAGGAAUCAACAGAAAGUUCCAAUACAACCAUUGAAGAUGAAGAUGUGAAAGCUCGCAAGCAAGAGAUUAUCAAGGUUACUGAGCAGUUGAUUGAAGCUAUCAACAAUGGGGAUUUUGAAGCUUACACAAAAAUCUGUGAUCCAGGCCUUACGUCUUUUGAACCUGAAGCUUUGGGUAACCUAGUAGAAGGGAUGGACUUUCACCGGUUCUACUUUGAAAAUGCUUUAUCCAAAAGUAAUAAGCCAAUCCACACCAUUAUCCUCAAUCCUCAUGUUCACCUUGUGGGCGAUGAUGCUGCCUGCAUUGCAUAUAUACGGCUGACACAGUACAUGGAUGGAAGUGGGAUGCCAAAGACUAUGCAGUCAGAGGAAACACGGGUCUGGCACCGUCGUGAUGGGAAAUGGCAGAAUGUUCACUUUCACCGUUCAGGGUCACCAACAGUACCUAUCAAUGCCUAGCACAGCGGAAUCCCAGUCAUGACCGGCCCCUAGAUGCUACGCUAAAAAUAUCAGCGGUGCCGCUCUUGCAUUAUCUGUACCCAACGCGCCUGGGUGAUUACCAUCUUGGCCAUCCUGUUCUCUUCAUGCAUGUUUCUGAGUGCAUGAAGUUGUGAAGGUUCUUCAUGUAACACAUUUGUGAUGCACCAUUUUGCUGCAUAUUCCAUCUGUACACUGUUAACAUUUCAAUGAAGGUGAUGUUCCAUGCAAAUAGAAAAUAGCAAGGCAUAAACGUCAGACAUUUGGUGUACAGCAGUAGAUACAGAAUACAUUUGUCAUUUUUUCUCCACUUAAUGUCAAGUUUUGACAGACAACUUUAAAAACUAUCCCGUUUAUUAACAAAAAAAACAAAAAACAAAAAAAAACUCCCUCAAAAAUACAUUUACCCUCUUUUUUUAAGAACUGUUUUUUGAUUCCUCCUUGUUCCCCAGGUUCUUGGAUUUUGCUUUGGUUCUGGUAGAAAGGGAUAGGAUUUCCACUGAUAGCUCUGUUACUGUAAAACAGAUUUUUAUUAUGGCAUGUAGAUGGACAAAAUCGCUGAUAAAUGUGGAAGUGAUCAUAUCUUGGCUUUGUUCUGACUGAAGCCUUUUUAGUUAUUAGUCUGUAUAAACUGGAAAUAUCUCAUCAUUUGCUGGCUUGGUCAGUUCUGAAUUAACUGGCAAUGACUUGGCUAGUCAGCAACUUCUUUUUUUUCUCUGAGUCUUCACCUUUGCUUUCUUACUAUGCUAAUUGAAAAUUUAUAUUGGAUGAUAAAGCAAAAUAAAAAAUUGUGAGGAACUAAGUGAUGAUUGAGAGGCAGAUUUUGAUUAUUGAAAUGGAUAAAGAAAAACAGAUUUUUAUCGCUUUUAGGGUGUACUGUAAAUUUAAGGAGGCUUUAGAACAUUUUAAAAUUUUGUUUAAGCUGUAGGGCAGUUGUGUGGUUAGUAUACUCUAGAAAUAUUAGGCCUUAAAAGCUUAGUAUGAAGAGUUUAUUUACUUUCCAAUAUAGCUGUUGCUUUUCUGAAAAUAUAUUAUGAAUACACCAGUUUUCUAAUAAAACUGUAACACUUUACCACAGGUUUAUUUGUCCCCCCCUUUCUCUUUUCCUCCCCGCUCCCCCCCCCCCCCCAAUUUGCUCUUGGCUUAUUAAAAUCAUUGCACAGUGUACAAUAUUAAGGACAACUUUUGCAGCAUUACCAAUUUGUUUUGGCUUUUUAUUUGUUGCUGCAAAAAUCUGUACGCUGUGCAGGGAAUGCUUUCAUGUCAGUUUAGAACAGAAACUUUCUAACAGGGACUAUUUUUGCUUCCUUUAUGUAUCUGUGAAAGUGUAUUCUUGCAAGCAUUUAGAUUUAUUCCCUUCCAGUUUUAAUAGAAAAAUACAGGGAUUGAUUAUUUCUCUUUUUCAUUUGUUAAUUGUUUUAUUACCAACAGGGCUAACUGUUUUCUGCAGCGCUGUAUAGUGCAUGAUAUCUCAAUCAAUGUUCUUUUUAGCAGUUAACAAUUUGCAACUCUGCAGCUGGAAGUUUUUAAAAUAGGAAAGCUUCCUAAUUUGUAUAAUUUCACCUUUCUGUAUUGAUUACUGAUCAAAAGCAGUUCUUAAACAUUUUGGUGUUGUUACUAGUGGAUGUAUGGUAGAUGGAUUUAAGCUUCUCUGAUAAUUACUACAUGAUUACUACAUUUAAACAAUAUAUAUUUAAAAUAAGCAUCUACAAUAAAUGUGUUGAGCCAUAUUAACCUGCCAAUGGGAUCUGUGAAAAAGUAAUGGCCUCAUUUUUUUUUCUCAUUAAUUUUUACUUUUUUUGUGAAGCGGCUAUAAGUGGCAUAACUGUAUUUAAAAUUAACAAAUUAGGUGUAGGGUGGUUUUUUAUACUUAUAACAUAGCAUGUGGUGUUGACAUAUUACUGUAGAUCAAGUUUGUCUUCCACACCAAGAUGUGAGGAAAUUGUGAUUUGUUCUCUCCACCACAAUUGAAUUAUACAUUUAUCUUCUGUCAUUUUGGAACACUGCAGUUUACCAUGGGACACAGUGUACAUAUUUCUUGCCAUAAUGGUAAAUGAUGGAUAUAUUUAAGGAUUAAUAAAUUUGUGAUUUCUGCUGA